CGGGAUGCAGCCGCCGCCGCCCCCGGCCGGCCUGCCCCAGAUCAUCCAGAAUGCCGCCAAGCUCCUGGACAAGGCCCCGUUCUCUGUCUGUAACCCGAGUCCUCUGCUCCCUUCGCCUGCCAGUCUCCAGCUGGCCCAGCUGCAGGCCCAGCUCACCCUCCACCGGCUGAAGCUGGCACAGACGGCAGUCACCAACAACACCGCAGCCGCCACCGUCCUGAACCAGGUCCUCUCCAAAGUGGCCAUGUCCCAACCCCUCUUCAACCAGUUGAGACAUCCGUCUGUGCUCAGCACCCCCCAUGGCCACGCUGCGGUGCCCCAGCAUGCUGCGAGCAUUGCGGGUGCCCGGUUCGCCUCAAACACAAUGGCCUUUUCAACCCCUGGCCAAACUCGAGGCCCAGGACCCUCUGUGAGCCUCCCCAGCCAGCCUCCCAGCGCCAUAGUGGUGCAUCCUUUUGGUGGGGUGAUGGCCCAGAGCCCAGCCCAACCAGCAGUCAUCUUGGGCAUUGGCAAGGCUGGGCCUGCCCCGGCUACCACGGGAUUCUACGAGUAUGGCAAGGCCGGCACCGGCCAGGCCUAUGGCUCCGAAGCAGAUGGUCAGCCUGGCUUCCUGCCAGCCUCGGCCUCCGCCUCAGGCAGCGUAACCUAUGAAGGGCACUACAGCCAUGCAGGGCAAGAUGGCCAGGCCACCUUUUCUAAAGACUUCUACGGACCCAAUGCACAAGGGUCAAACAUGGCAGCAGGAUUUCCAGCUGAGCAGGCAGCGGGCAUGAAAAGUGAGAUCGGGCCACUGCUGCAGGGUGCAAACAGCCAGUGGGAGAGCCCUCCUGGAUUCCCCGGCCAAAGCAAGGCUGACCUGACAGCAGGUGCCAACCUGUGGCCUCCACCCCCCAGCCAGCCAUAUGAACUGUAUGACCCUGAGGAACCCACCGCAGACAGGACUCCCCCUUCCUUUGGGGCUCGGCUCAACAACAGCAAGCAGGGUUUUGUCAGUGCCCGGCGGCAGCCCAAGGAGGAGCAGGCCCUGCUGUCUGCACCACCCCUGCAAGCUCAUGAGCUGAAUGAUUUCCACGGUGUGGCACCCCUCCGCAUGCCGCACAUCUGUAGCAUGUGCGACAAGAAGGUAUUUGACUUGAAGGACUGGGAGCUGCAUGUGAAAGGAAAACUGCACGCUCAGAAAUGCCUGGUCUUCUCUGAACAUGCUGGCAUCCGGUGUGUGCUCACUUCAGCAGAAGGAACUCUGGGCCCCUCCCCUAACAACGCAGCUGUUUAUAACCCCGCUGGGAAUGAAGAUUAUGCCUCGACUCUUGGGACGGCAUCUUUCGCAGCCAUUCCAGCGAGGCCCUUUGCACAGUCCAAUCCUGCCUUUCCUCCAGCUGCGUCUGGGACAAGUUUCGCACAGCGGAAAGGCUCUGGCCGAGUGGUGCACAUCUGCAACCUCCCGGAAGGAAGCUGCACUGAGAAUGACGUCAUUAACCUGGGGCUGCCCUUUGGGAAGGUGACGAAUUACAUCCUCAUGAAGUCCACUAAUCAGGCCUUUCUAGAGAUGGCGUACACAGAAGCGGCCCAGGCCAUGGUGCAGUACUACCAAGAAAAGUCUGCCAUGAUCAAUGGCGAGAAGCUGCUCAUUCGGAUGUCCAAGCGAUACAAGGAACUGCAGCUGAAGAAACCGGGGAAAGCCGUGGCUGCUAUCAUCCAAGACAUCCACUCCCAGAGGGAGAGGGACAUGUUCCGGGACGCAGACAGAUACGGCCCGGAACGGCCGCGGUCUCGCAGCCCUGUGAGCCGGUCUUUGUCCCCAAGGUCACAUACUCCAAGCUUCACCUCUUGCAGCUCCUCACAUAGCCCUCCAGGCCCCUCCCGAGCUGACUGGGGCAACGGCCGGGACUCCUGGGAGCACUCUCCCUAUGCCUGGAGGGAGGAAGACCGAGAGCCCCUGCCCUGGAGGGAGAAUGGGGAGGAUACACGGGACAGGACAGACACGUGGGCACAUGAUCGCAGACACUACCCCCGGCCCCCGGACAAGGCCGAGCCGGAUGAGCGCCUGGAAGGAGUAAGGGGCCACCGGGAGAAGUACCUGAGGUCCGGCUGCCUCAGCCCGCUGCACUCGGCACCCAGCUACAAGUCCCGGGAGGAUGGCUACUACCGGAAAGAGCCCAAAACCAAGACAGAAAAGUACCUAAAGCAGCAGGAUGGUCCUGGGAAGUCUAGGAGGAAAGAAGAGGCCAGGCUGCGGGAGAGCAGACACCCCCACCCAGAUGACUCAGGCAAGGAAGACGGGCUGGGGCCCAAGGUCACUAGAACCCCUGAGGACACCAAGUCCAAGCAGAGUGAGAAAAAUAAAACCAAGAGGCCUGAUAGAGAUCAAGAAGGAGCUGACGAUAGAAAAGAAAAGAAAACGGCAGAGAAUGAGGCUACAAAAGAGGAGCAGGAGGGCAUGGAAGAAAUCCCCCAGUCCGUGGACAAACAGGAGAAAGAGUCAGAGCCCUCUGAUCCAAAAAUCGCAGGGACGAGGAAGGAACAAGAUUGGGAAAGUGGAAGUGAGGCAGAAGGAGAGAGCUGGUACCCCACCAAUAUGGAGGAACUGGUUACAGUAGAUGAGGUGGGGGAAGAAGAAGAUUUUAUUAUGGAACCGGACAUCCCAGAGUUGGAAGAAAUCAUGCCUAUUGACCAGAAAGACAAAAUCUGCCCUGAAAUAUGUCCCUGUGUAAAAAGCACCUUAGACCUGGAAGUGGCCAAGGAUUUGGAUUUCAUUAAUGAAGGAGUUAAGACCAUAGGGAAUGGGGCCACGCAAACUAGCCUCAAGUUUCCCAGACAACUGUCUUCUGCCUCCAUGAGCUGUCCCGGUGACACGAACAUGGAAGUGCCUGGCCUAAAUCUGGAUGCUGAGCGGAAGCCAGCUGAAUGCGAGACAGGCCUCUCACUGGAGGAUUCCGACUGCUAUGAGGAGGACGCAGAGAGAACGCAGAGCUCAGAUGUGUGUCUGGUCCCUGCAGCCCAAGAAAUGUCUUCCCCCCAGCCAGCAGAGGAGAGGGCCCAGCAGCCUAGCCCCUUUCCAGAUGACUGCAAGACCAGGGGGACCCCCGAAGACGGGGCUUGUGAAGGCACACCCCAGGAGGAAAAAGCCAGCGCCCCCCCUGAAUCCGACCUCCAAAGCCAGACUUGCCAAGGCGUGUUGACUGAGGAAAACCCCAGGUACCUGGAAAUGAAAUCUCUGGAUGUGAGAUCACCGGACUACACAAAAGAGCCCCUUUCUUUGCCUUCCUGGGAACCAGAGGACGUGUUCAGUGAACUCAGUAUUCCUCUAGGUGUGGAAUUUGUGGUUCCCAGGACUGGGUUUUAUUGCAAGCUGUGUGGACUGUUCUACACCAGCGAGGAGGCGGCGAAGGUGAGCCACUGCCGCAGUGCUGUCCACUAUAGGAACUUACAGAAGUACUUGUCCCAGCUGGCUGAGGAGGGACUCAAGGAGACGGUAGGGACAGGCAGCCUGAGGCCUGAGGACAGCGGAAUGGUGCCACGCUUUGAAAGGAAAAAGCCCUGACGUGAGGCUGCCCUUGCUGCUGCUAGAAGCUGGAAGAGGCGGCUUGCUGAAGUGACCCGGAGGAGGAAUGACAGCAAUGUUGUGCACCACACAGCGCAGCUCCUUUGUUCCUGAGACUCAUGAGAGCGCUGCUCCAGGAACUCCGGGCUGCGCCACCCUGGUGUCCAGCCUGCAGAGGGCCACCCACUGAUUCUCUCCCUUCGGACUCUUGUUUCUCUCCCAGAACCGUUCAAUGUGCUCUUUUCUCGCUUCCUCUCCUCUUUUUCUCUCUCCCUCCUUCUGUGCCAAGGAUCAUUUCCUUUUCAUAAAAUCCUACUUCUCAGGGAUUUCACAGUGUUUAAAUUCUUGAUAGGAUAUAACUGGCCAGCUCUGGCUGAGCCAUGCAGGAAAAGAUUUAAUGGAAACUCUUGGGCCCAACAAGCUGCUUCAGUGAAUCUUUAGCCAACUCUCAGCAUGGCAUCCAUGUGUCCCAUCUGGGCCAUGCCAGGGAGCUGAGUCGGGCUCUGCAGACCUAAGAGGGCCUGCCAAAGGGAGCCAAUUGGCAGAGGUGGAGAGUGGCUUCUUGCACUGGACCUCACCAUUAUGAAACACUCCUGGGUUUUUGUUUUAGUUUUUCUGAGAUAGAGACUUAUUCUAUAGUCAGAGCUAGCCUUGCAUUCACAAAGUAGCCCAAGCUGGCCUAGAACUCAUGGUGAUCUUCCUGCCUCAGCUUCCUGAGUGCUGGAUUACAGGCAUGCACCACCACACCUGGCUUGGAAAUCUCCCAUUUUUAACAUCUCAUCCUCCCACUUAGUUCAGCAGUCUACCAGAUUUAAAUGCCUUAAAGUAAAAUCAAAUUAGUUUUAUGGGGAAAGAAAAGAGCCCUGCAUUGUGGAAGCGCUGAUAAAUUCCUUCCAGACUUAAUUCCUUCCUCUUGAUUUCAGGAGGCAUUAAGAUUUGUUUUUAUUCUAGAAAAUGAAUUUUUUUUUUUUUUAAAUACCAGAGAUUGAACUCAGGACCUUGCACUUGCCAGGCAGGCACUUAUGCCACUGAGCUAUCUCCCAGGCCUUAGACAAAGAAUUUUGUAUAGAUUCAUUUUAAGUAAAAACAGGAAUAGAAGUGUCUUCUCCCUGCAGCUAAAACAGCAGUUGGUGUGGACUUGGGUGGGCCAUUGGCCUCUGUAGCCAGAGUCACCAGCUGGAGACACACAGCAACAAGGCCUGGCAUUUUUGACUCAUCCCCAUGCUCAUGUGGCGAGGAAAGAGGCCAAAGACCUCCCAGUGGAAUGGCUUUAAAUUGAUCUCUCAGCAUGGGAAAGGCUAAGGUGGUAGCAGGCUGCAGGGCUGAAGUGGCAUCUGAGGUCAGGUAUUUGCAGGCUGCUUUUUUCCAACCAGGCAGAGGACAGAGGGCUUCUCAGGGCUGACCACAUGUGCAGACUUUGGUAUGAAAAUGUCAGGAAAAGCAGAGUCCUUAUUCCUCAUGGGGUCAGUGCCUCCCAUGCCAGCUGUUUGGGCUGCUCAGUCUGGUAUCCAGCACUGGGGACAAAGGUGCUAGUAGCGACGGUCUGCCAAAGGUGGGAGUAACCUCCAGGAAGGUCAGACAGAGCCUGCUGCCGUGUCUAUGAAUGGAGACUCUGGAGGGCACCCUCCAUGGCUUAGCUGGUAAAAACUAAAACAGGAGGGGUGGAUGGGCAGCUCCUCCCUGGGAGCUUCUUGAAGCCUUUAUUCCUGAAUGUGGACAGGCGGACGGGGCAGGAGUUGUGUAGGGUAGUUCUGGCAUUUUCUUAUUCUGUACAUUCUGACCUCUGCACUAGUGUAAGAGGGGCAACACUGACGUUUGUCAGUCAGGAAACUGAGGCAGAGAUAGGAAGCAAAUGCAGACCCUAAAGCGACCGUGUGUCCACCUGGAAGCCUGUGGUCCCUGGCAGGAAAACAGCUGGGAGGCCAGGAGAGAGCAGUUGAGGCAACAGCAGAGGAGGACAGACCAGCCUGGAUGCCUGCGGUGAGGAGAGGUUAGGAAAGCAGGCAGCACCCGCCUCCUGUCAGCUUCCUGCCACCAGUCCUAGGCCUUGGGCAUUUUGGUGUCAAAUGGAAAAGACCAAAGAGGAGGCUCAGCCCAGCCUGCUACCUGGCCAACUCCACCAGCAUUCUGUAUGCCAGCUACACCUCCUCCACUUCUCAGCAACCUUUCACCCUGUGUGGCUUUAUUCCCAAGGAGGGGAGCUAUGAAUCUGCCUGGGAAAAGCCUACCGCCUCCCUCAGAGACUGGAACUGCAUGCUAUCAGAGAGGCUGGAAGCUCUAGCCCCCAGCAGAGGGGAAGUGAUCUCAGCAGGGUUUCCUUAGGAACCUGGAAGGCCGACUUCCCAAACUAUAUAUGAAUGGCUCCCUGGUUGGUAAAUUGACCUUCAUGCUAAAAGGCCAGAGAGCCCCAAGCAGGGAGAGAAGAGGCUGUCUCUGUGUUCAGCCACAGCCUUCAGUUUAAAACCAUCAGAGAGUCUAUUCAUGUGUGUCUAUAUACAUAUGUGUAUAUUUAUUUUUAUUUAUUUUUAUACAAUUCCAUUGGCUUGGCCCUUCACCGACCCUAUACCUUGCACUUUUUGUUCCUGUGUGUGUCACACAAUGCAGUAUUAAACGCAACCAAGAAAAUACUGAUUUCUGGGUUUUUUGGUUUUUUUUUUUUUAAAGCUUCUUCUUCAGUGUUUUUGGUCACACUUUUCAAAGUGUCUCCCCCAAAGUUGCUUGAAAGCGGUUGCUACCUUGAGCAACUGAUUCAGUUGCAUCCUGGGUUGAUCCAACAGGCCUGUGUAAGUUUCAUUGCUAACACCUGGGAUAAGUGUAUUAUCUAAUUCUCUUGAAGAAUUUGAUGAACUUGCUGUUGGUGUGAGCAGCGGCCAUUAGAAUUAGGGUUUCCCACCCUUAUAAUCCAAGGUGAUGACCUAUUAGAUUAUACUUGAACUGGACCAGUUUGUUCUGCAAGUUUAGGAGAUAAUAAAAGGAAAAAGAAAACUAGUUAAUUGAAGUUUGAACUUGUAAAUCUCUGGAAUUUGUUGAGUGUCUUAUGAAUUGUUAUGCUUUUCCUGAUCUGUAUAACUGACUGCAAAGUGUUUGUUUUUACAAAAGAAGAAAAGAUUUUUAAUAAAGAGACUGAAAGCUUG